ACACUGGUCCCACGGCUGAGCAGGUCAUAAGAGGACGAGAGUCGGCUGAAAAAUGGCCGUUAACACGGCAACAACAAUGCACAAAGUCGCUGCUUUGAUUUUAGCGGUGUGCGUGGACUUUUCUCUCUUUUACGCAUCUGGAUGUGUGGUAACUCAGAGCGUCUUUGGAAAUCUUGCACGUUUAUGGGUCUCCGCGGCUCUCCGGUGGGUUGCACUGGCUGCUGUAACGCUGCUCACACUCGGGGAGCUCAGCCCGUGGCUGAAUCGUUUAAUAACGACGCACAGUCUGCUACCCGCGGUGUUUGAGACCGGGUCCAAGGCGCUUUACACCGAGGACAGCCAAUGUGGCCGAGCGACGGAUGCGCGCUGCUGGAUGAUGGCCGCAGGAGCGUCGCUGGCUGCUGCGCUGUUUUGGGAGAUCACAGUCCCGGACAGCGACGAUGCAGCCGACGGUAAAGAGAAGAAACAGAAGGCCAGAGUGCUGUUUAUGAGAGUUCUCUACAUGCUCAAACCCCACUAUCACCUGCUGCUCGGAGGAUUCGUGUUUCUGUCGCUGGCAGCCAUCUGUGAGAUGUUCAUCCCCUUCUACACAGGGAGAGUCAUCGAUAUCCUUGGCAGUCAUUACCAACACAGUGAAUUUUUAUCUGCACUCCUCUUUAUGGGCCUGUACUCUGUGGGAAGUUCUGUGAGUGCCGGCUGCAGAGGGGGUCUCUUACUUUGUGCCAUCAGUGUUUACACCUGCAGAGUGAAAGUCAUGCUGUUUGGGGCUUUGACCAAACAGGAAAUUGCAUUCUUUGAGACCAUAAAGACAGGUGAAAUCACAUCGAGACUGGCUAAAGACACCAACCUGAUGGGAAGAACAGUGUGUCUGAAUGUCAACGUGUUGCUGAGGACACUCAUCAAGACUCUGGGCAUGAUCUUCCUGAUGAUGAAUCUUUCGUGGAAGCUCACAUUCAUUGUACUGAUGGAGACACCUGUUACUGGCCUCAUACAGAACAUCUAUGACACAUACUACCAGAGGUUGUCCCUGGCUAUGCAGGACUCAAUGGCUCUGGCAAACGAAGCUGCCAAUGAGGUUGUGUCUGGCAUUCGUGUCGUACAGAGCUUUAAUACCAAAACACAUGAGGCCCGCCGCUAUGACAACCGCUUGAUGGACAUACACAAACUUAAAACCCACCGGGACACUGUGAGGGCCAUUUAUCUGCUUGUGCGGAGGGUGACAGGACUGGGCAUGCAGGUCAUCAUGUUAUACUAUGGAAGACUUUUCAUCCAGAGGGGGCAGAUGACCACUGGCAACCUGGUGUCCUUCAUCCUCUACCAGUCAAAUCUUGGAGACAACAUUAGGACACUCACCUACAUCUUUGGUGAUAUGCUGAACUCGGUGGCGGCUGCUGGAAAAGUGUUUGAGUACCUGGACCGAAAACCUCUGGUCAGCACAGACGGAGAAUGCAAACCAGAUCAAUUGACCGGACGCGUCAGUUUCCAGGGCGUCAACUUUGCCUAUCCUACAAACCCAAACAAAACAGUGCUGCAGGACUUUACCUUGGAGCUGAAGCCAGGUCAGAUGACGGCCCUGGUGGGUUCGUCUGGAGAAGGAAAAAGCACCUGCGUGAGUCUGCUGGAGCGAUUCUAUGAACCGCAGAGUGGAGAAAUCCUCCUGGACAGCAACCCCCUAGAAUCCUAUGACCACCGUUUCCUCCACAAGAAGAUUGCAGUGGUGAGCCAGGAGCCUGUGCUUUUCUCUGGCUCCAUUAGAGACAACAUUGCCUACGGGCUUCCUGGCUGCUCGCUGGACGAGAUCCAGGAAGCAGCACGUAAAGCCAACGCCCACGACUUCAUCAAGCAGCUGGAGAAAGGCUACGAGACAGAGGUGGGUGAAAGUGGCAGCCAGUUGUCCAAGAGUGAGAGGCAGCAGAUCGCCAUCGCUCGAGCUCUGGUCAGACAGCCACAGGUCCUCAUUCUGGAUGAAAUAACCAGCUCCCUCGACACGGAGAGUGAAAAUAAGGUCCAGCAGGCCCUGGCUAACUGUCCCAACCAGACCCUUCUGGUGAUCGCUCACAGGCUGAAGACCAUUGAGAAAGCAGAUCAGAUUGUUGUGAUCAGUGGUGGCAAAGUUGGGGAGCGAGGGACUCACCAGGAACUGAUGGACAUGAAGGGGAGCUACUACAAGUUGCGAAAGGAAUAUUUCACUGAGGGAAAUUCACCACAGUGACCCACUACUGACUCUUUACCGUGCUGAUGCUGCAGCUUGAUGUACUGAGAGAGAAUCGUUCUGUGUGACUGUGUUGCAUGUGUUCGACAGCAGUAACCAACAGUAGCUAACUUAUGUAAAUAUUCAGUUAAGAUUUGUUUUGUAUGAGUAAUGAAAAUUAAACAGCUUAAAAGUUGUUUUUUUUCCAGAAAUUGUUCUUGUUUAUUUUGCAGACAAAUAACAUUUAAGUGAUGCUUUGCUAUGAGAUAUAUUAAUAUCACAGUUGUUCCAAUUCUUUCCACGGUAUUUAAUCAUGACAAAUAAAUGUUUGACACAACAUGUCAUGUUUGCCACUAUAAUGUUUUAUUGAUCAGAAAAGUCAAAGGUUGCUUUAUGGACUCUGUGUCCCAAAUAAAAAAUUCUCAACAGCAUCAGACGUGUAUCUGAA